AUGGACGACAUCUCAUCACCCGGCGGCGGGUCGCCCGAGGGCAGCAGCACUGCGCCGAGGAAAGGCCGCCCGCUGCGGUCACUAUGGAGCGUCUUCACCAACAAGGCCAACGCGCACAUCAUCGCGGAAGGUCCGCGGGCGCCAUGCAAGCAUUGCAACAGCAUCGUGAUGCACCACAACAAAACGGCGUGCGUCGAGCGCCACCUGCGCAAGUGCGCACCGUUCGUGAGCCUCAUGGCCUCGCUGCCCGAAGCGCAGCGCCCAGAGUGGUACGUGCGUCCGCCCAAGAAGGCGCCGUCGGACGCGGGCAAUGACGUCAAGGCUGUGCGGGAUCGCCGCAUCCUCGCACCCGAGAUCGUGUCGCUGAACGUUGGCGGCACGCUGUUUCAAACGACGAAAGACACGUUGUUGCAACAUGAGCACUCGCUCUUCCACCUCAUGCUGGCCACGCCGCCAAGCCACAACCAUGACACGUACUUUAUCGAUGUGAACCCAAAGGCGUUCGAAGCUGUGUUGGACUACCUCCGAUAUGACGAGCUCUGUCUCGACGAUAUGACGACGUGGGAGCGCAAGAAGGUGCUCAAGACGUUUGCCUACCUCAAGCUGCCAGUGCCCAACGUCGGGUGGGACCCAUCGACGGGCGUUAUCUCGACGCGCAAUGGCUUCUCGCCGGGCGGCGCCAUGUAA